GUCGAGAAGCUGAUGAAGGGCCACCUGUUUGACAUAUUCAGCGAGCCAAAUGCCAACCGACGAGCUCAUGUCAUCAAGGAGUUCUGGGUCCCGUCUUCCGAAUGCUUGUUCCUCGACCGGUUGGGCGCCUUUCGUGGCCACGACGCCAUCCUCGAUCUCAUCGACGGCUUGCGCAAAUCUAUGGAUGACCUUGCCUUCGAAUUAACCGCGCCAAUUGAAGUGCUGUCUCCAGGCGCGGAGUCGUUCCAAGUGGCUCGGAUCAAGUGGGCGGGUGGGCCGAAGGGGGAACUACCCAUGGUAUUCGGGGAGGACGUGGCGACGGUUGUCGAGGGUAAGAUCAAGACCAUGUAUGCCUUUGUCGAG